AGGUUUAGAUUGAUUUGCAAGUAUGCUGUGUUAAAGGAAAAGGUAUUUAAACUGUAUUACACUCGUCAAGUCGGACGAUGGCAACAACAACAUUGCCCAAAAAGCUUGUACUUUUAGCAGUCCUAUCGCUAACUGGCUCGGUUUAUGCCGUGUUGGUUAGAUACUCAAAAGUGACAGCAAAACUUACGUAUGUAUCAUCAACGGUGGUAGCAAUGCAGGAGUUGCUUAAAAUGGUGGUGACGAUCUUCGUGUUAUUGGUCGAAAGCGGGGGACCGACUUCCACUAUAAAUGUGCUGAACCACCACGUAAUCCGUGCACCACUAGACACUUCCAAACUCGCUAUACCAUCUUGUUUAUACGCUGUACAAAACAACAUGUUCUUUCUAUCUUUGAGCAACAUGGAUGCCCCUACACAACAGGUUUUACUGCAAUUGAAAAUCCCGUUCACUGCUAUGUUAUGCGUUAUCUUGCUUGGUCGAUCCCUUUCUAUGCAACAGUGGUUGUCAGUUCUGCUUAUGUUUUUUGGUACUGGUCUCAUAGAGUAUUACUCCACUACCAACACCAUGUUUGGGCAUAAAGACAAACGGGCAGUUCAAACCGGUUCAAACGAGAACUUCUUCCUCGGUCUAUUUGCAGUUGUGCUUGGUUCCCUAUGUUCUGCUAUUGCCGGUGUUUACUUUGAAAAAAUAAUAAAAUCAAACGAAACAUCAUUAUGGGUGAGGAACUUCCAGAUGUACAUUUGGUCAGUGCCAAUGUCGUUCAUCGGUGCCUUUAUGAACGACAGCCACAAAAUCCAGGAAAACGGGUUCUUUUCUGGAUACAACAGACUUGUGUGGAUUCUUAUUUUUCUAUCCGCAUUCUCAGGUCUUUUGAUAUCAAUUGUUCUUCUUUAUUCCAACAACAUCACCAAAUGUUUCGCUGCUUCGCUUUCAAUUGUUAUAUCUACUGUAGUAUCUUACUAUCUCUUCAACUAUCAUAUUGGUUGGUAUUUCAUCGUUGGUUCUACACUGGUGUGUUGUUCUAUUUUCCUUUACGUCAUAAAGUGCCAGCCUUCUCCAAAGAAAAUGGAAACAGAACAUUCACCAGCGUGACGUCAGACGUCGUGACGUCAAUAAUUUCCUUUUUUUUAAUAUUCUUGCGCGCAGUGUUUAUUUGAAGACGUGACGUCACUUCGUUGAUCGACAAACGCGAAACAUCUUUGUUUUAUUAAUUUCAAAAUAAAUAUGACGUCACUAU